AUGUCAAAGCAAAUAAAUAAUAAUAGUAAGAAUAGUGCAAACACCGAUGACGAUUUCGAAUUUUAUCAUGAAUUUUCAAGAGAAAAAGUUAAAAUUAUAGUUCAUAUCAUUACUGAUGAAUUAAAGACAAAUGGUGUAAACGUUGAAUACCUUUUUUUGCCAUUUAGACCAGAACAAACAAAUGAAAAAUUAUUAAAAUUAUUAAAUAAAUUAUUCCCAUUAGGUAAUGAAAAAAUUAUCACUGAUACGAAAUCUAUUAAAAAAACUAUUUCGCAUGCAGAUUCUUUCACUUUAUUUCAAGUCCUGAAAUAUAUUUGGUGUAGAUUACCCAAUGGUGAAAUUAUUGGCUGGAAAUCUUAUUUAGAAUUUAAAGCAAGGGAAAAAUAUGCAAACUAUCCUCAAAAGGCUUUCUUGGAAAUUAUGCCAAAAUGUUUAUCAUCCUCAAAUCAUGCUUCAAUUGUAUAUGAUUUCUUGGAUUUAAUAGUCACAAUAGCAUCAAAUUCAAAAAUUAAUAAAUUAAGUGCAAGAAAGAUUUCAAAAAUGUCAGCAAUUUGGGCAUUCAAUAAUAAAGAAUUUCCAAGAAAUCUUAGUGAUGAAAACAUAAAUCUACCAGAAUUUAACGAUAAUUCCAUCCAAGAUGGUUUCCAACAAUGGAUUCCAGCGUCAGAUGCAAUGUUUCAUUUAUUAUUAGCCUUUUUGAAAAGUUUCUUACCGGAUGAUGCAAAUGAAACUGAUACAUAUAAUAAACUGCCGCGUAAUUUGAAAAGCUUACUGAUAAAUAAUGAAUAUCCUCCAGUAUUGAAAUCAACUGCAUACACUUCCGAAACAAUAUUAACUAUUCCAUUAGUUACAUUAUUCACAAAUCAAUUUUCCAGAAAACCUUGGGAAUUAUUAGAAAGAUGUAAUAAUCUUUUGGAUUUUAAUGAUCACAAUUCUUUUGAAGCAAGGGAAGAUUACGCUUUGUUGAAAUCUUUGUUCAAUAAAAAACAUAAUAUAGAAGGAAUAAGUAGAAAAAUGUCACAAGAAUCAAGAAGAAUUAUGAAGCUAAUUCAAACCAAACAUUCAACUUUCCAAGCAGGUUGGGGAAAAAGAUCUUGCAGUCCAGAUUCUUCAAAAUCUUUGAAAGAAAACAUUGAAGUUAGUAGGGUAGAUAUUGAUGAUUAUUUUAUAUGGACUUGGCUAUCUUCUUUAUCAAACGAACAAACUUCUGAGAAAAAAAGACUAUUUGGUAGAUCAUUAAUAAUUGAAUUUGAAUUCGACGGUUUGAAAAAAUGGGUGGUGUUCCAAGAAUGUGAUAUUAAUUUAGUACCUAAUUCUGAAUCAACCAGAGGCAGAUUUGAAGAAGAAGCUUCAAUUCCUAAUAUAACUCCAGUUCAAAUUAUAGAACCAGAAACAAAUUCAAAUGAUACAAACUUAAUUCAACAACAGCGGGAUGCAUCGUCGUCUUCGGGCAUCUCGAGUAAUUCCAAUAAUAGUAUGUAUCAUACUGUAAUUAAAAAAGAAGCAUUAAACAACAAUAAUAAUAAUAAUCAUAAAAAUAAUUUGCAUGUAUUAGAACAGAAAAUUUCAAAAUGGAACCCACUGAGUAAACUAAGGAAAGAAAGCAGUAAUAAUACCAGUUCAAGUAAAGAAGCAGGGUCUGGUUCUAACUCUUCUUUGGAGAUACAUGAACCUAUAAAGAAGAAGGAGAAAGACAGUAAUAAGACAAAGAAUAAGCAUAACAAUAAUGUUAACCCAUAUGUUGCAAACUCACUACCUGAUAACAAUGAUAAUAUGCAGAAUAAAUCCCAAAUUAAUGUUGGUCAAACUUAUAACAACAAUAUUGGCGAUAGUUAUAAUCCCCCACUAAAGAACGAAAAGAGAAGUGAUAGAGUUAUUAGCCAAUACAGCAUGCUAAACCCAGAAAAAUAUCAGUUGCCUAAUAUUGAAAGAGAUGAAGACGGGUUUAAAAUCGAUUUACCAGAAAUUAAUGAUUAUGAUGAAAUUUCGAGAUUAGUUGUGGACCAGAAAUUGAACUCAAAUGCCAAGCCAAAUAGUAAUAGAAACUCUCCAAGGAAAUCAAGAUCACCUGAAAGAAAUGGUUAUCAGGUUCAAGAAAGUUAUCAAACUACAGGACAAGAUUCUAGGGUUGUUAAUACUGCUCGUCCAAAUACUAUGGAUGAGUUGAGUGUUAUGGUUGAACAAAUGAUUGAAAUUGAGAAGACAAAUAUUGAAGACAGUAUCCCUAUUUCGAUCUCUAAUGGUGAACCCUCAGGAGAUGAAUCUUAUGGUUCUAUAAUGAAAUUUGAUCAAUAUAAGCCAUCGGAACCUAAGAAGCUAGAAAGUUUGAGGAGUAAGAAUUCAAGUACAAGUCUAAGUUCAAGGCCCUCUCCGCAACCUGUAGAUACAUAUAAUAUCACUGGGCAGACAAAUUCUUCUUUAUCAGUGAACAACCCACAAUACGUAACAUCUGGAGAAUCAUCUGAAUCUCCGGUUUCAAGAUCACCUAUAAGAAAUGAAAGAGAAAGAUCUCCUGUAGAGGGUGCUAUUCGUGGAUCUGCACAACAGAACACUAGUGGCUAUUCGAUAUAUUCUGAUAACUCAUCUAAUCAAUAUUCAGGUCGUGGAUAUAUUGACGGACAAUCUCAACCUAACUCAUUCACUAGUGAUGAUUACAGAAACCAUUCACCAGAAAGAAUGCCUCGUCAAAAGUCUCCUGUUAGGGCUGGUAGAUACCAAGAUCCGUAUGUAAAUGAAAGACAAGUGAACUAUCAAGAGAUACCAAACCUUCAAAAUAAUAGGAACCAAAAUCAAAUGGACGUCAACAGUAAUAACCAUAGAGAGACCUCUCCAGUGAGAAAUGGGCAAUUGAAUAAUCAUGUACCUCAAGUCCCAAAUGAUACCAGAAAAUUUCCUAGUGAUCCUAGAGUAGCCAACCAACCAUAUAAUAACGGUGAAUCUAAUUCUUCCAAAACUUAUCUGAAUGAAAGAGGAGAUAUCGAAAAUAACAAAUAUGAUGAGGGAAAGGGAAGGAUUGAUCACGUUCAACAGCAAGGAUUUAAUCAAGUUGGCCAACCUAGGGUAAAUAAAGGACCAGUACAAAAUCCUCCAUCUGUGCCUGUGCCACAAAUGAAUGGUUAUACUGGUAAUACGGUAGGUGAAAGUCCUAGACAGACACAAGAUACACGUCAAGCUAUUCCGAAUCAGAACUAUCAAAAUCAAGGUAGAACUCCAAACGUGGGGCCUCAACCAAAUAAUUUUGUACCUGGUGUAAAUUCACAAAUUCCAACUCAACCUUCUAGAAGUCCGCAACCUAUAAACAAUCCUCCAAGGCAACCUAACAUGGGUAAUCAACAAUCGUAUAAUCCAAAUAUGAUGCCUCAGGCAGAUUACACACAGCAAAAUUUUCAAAAGCAAGGAUAUCAGCAACAAGGUUUUCAACAGGCAGUACCAAAUCACCAUGGGCCUCCAAAAGGUUAUCAACAACCUGGGCCAAAAUAUAAUGUUCCUCAACAGGGAAAUUAUCAAAAUGGAGGUUAUCAGAAAGGCAGCUAUCAGCAAGGAAAUUACCCACAAUCUCACAAUGUACAAAUGAAACCUCCUAAUAACCGUCACAGUAUGAACAUGGCUGGAGCUAUGCCAGGUCCACAGAUGCAAUUGAAUGGAAGCCCUGGUUUUCCUAAUAAAGGAGUGUCACCUCAAAUGCACCCAUCUCAGCAAGGAAAUUUCAACCAUCCAAGUGGCCCAGUGAGACAAAACCAGUUCCAACAAAUGCACAAUAAUCCUCAAAGUGCUAACAAUUUCGAUGCUUACAAUAUUCCAAGUAAUGCUAAUGGUCACAACAAAUUACACAGCAAUAAUAUCAAUAAAACCCAGGGUAGGAAACAGUUGUAUAACGACAUUAGAAGUGGUAAUUUUGGAAUUUAA